GAUGAAAGAAACCCUAGCUGUGUUUCCUAUCACACGAGUUGUGAGAAGAAAACUCAUUAUUCUACUAGAUGAUGACAUACGGUCGUUCGAUUAAUCUUACUCCCUCCGCAUCAUAAAGUGAUGCUUUGCACAUGCCUUCAGUCAUAAUCUUAAAUCUUGACUACAAGUAUCAGUUAAAUUAUUUAUAUUUGCAAUUUGAAAUCAUACAUAUAGAUUUGCAUCAAAAAAUAUAAGAUCUUUGCGUGAUAGAAAAAUAUAGGAGUGGUAGUAUAUGACAGUCUGAUCUGCCUCCAGAAGCAAAGCAAGCUAUAGCAGUCCAGUCCAGUACGCGCACAGAGCCCGUUCCGCCUCCCUCGCCGCUCCUCCUUCUCCACGCCGAUGUCCUGCCUCCACCUCCUCCGCCGUCGCACCUCCUCCUUCACUCCCACCUCGCCGCCCUCACGCUCCUGGUCUCCGCACGCCGCCUUUGCCGCUGCCACAGAGCGCGUCCGCGCCGGGACGCUCACCCCACAAGACGCACACCACCUGUUCGACCAAUUGCUGCGGCAGUCCACUCCGGUCCCCGGGCAAGCCCUGAACGGCUUCCUCGCCGGUCUUGCCCGUGCGCGAGACACCGACGCCUGCAGAGACGGCCCCUCCCUUGCCCUCACGCUCUUCAACCGCGUAUGCCGAGAAGAAGCCGGCCGGCGGGUGGCGCCGCCCACAAUCUACACCUACGGCAUCCUGAUGAACUGCUGCUGCCACGUGCGUCGUCCAGACCUAGGGCUUGCCUAUUUCGGCCGCCUCCUAAGGACCGGCCUCAAUACAAAUGAGGUCGUCGCCAGCACCCUCCUCAAGUGCCUCUGCUGUGCAAAACGGGCAGAUGAAGCUGUGAACGUGCUGCUUCAUAGGACGUCCGUCCUCGGCUGUGUGCCUAAUUCCUUCUCAUACAACAUAGUUCUAAAGAGUUUAUGUGACGACAGCAGGAGCCAGCAAGCACUCGGCCUGCUCCAGGUGAUGGCAAAGGGAGAUGAUUGCUCCCCCGGCGUUCUGUCAUAUAGCACGCUCAUCCACGGCUUCUUUAAGGAAGGCGAAGUAGGCAAGGCAUGCAAUCUAUUCCAUGAAAUGAUGCGGCAAGGGGUUGUGCCUGAUGUGGUGACGUAUAGCUCGAUUAUUGAUGCACUGUGCAAGGCUGGAGCAAUGGACAAGGCAGAGUUGUUCCUUCGGCAGAUGGUUGAUAACAGUGUUCGACCGGAUACGGUGACAUAUACUAGCAUGAUCCAUGGAUAUUCCACUUUGGGCCGGUGGAAAGAGGCGACUAAAAUGUUCAGAGAAAUGACAAGCAGGGGCCUUAUACCAAAUAUUGUCACUUGGAACUCAUUCAUGGCCUCCCUUUGCAAGCAUGGAAAAAGCAAAGAAGCUGCAGAAAUUUUCUUUUCCAUGGCUGCAAGGGGCCACAAGCCUGAUAUCAUCUCCUACACUAUUCUUCUUCAUGGGUAUGCCAAUGAAGGAAGCUUUGCUGAUAUGAUGAAUCUCUUUAAUUCAAUGGUAGGCGACGGUAUUGUAGCCAACUGCCAAGUUUUCAACAUAUUAAUUGAUGCAUAUGCUAAACAAGGAAUGAUGGAUGAAGCUAUGAUCAUACUUAAUAAAAUGCGGGGACAAGGACUGAGUCCGGAUGUAUUCACCUAUUCAACUCUAGUAUCUGCACUUUGCAAAAUGGGUAGACUGGCUGAUGCUAUGGGUAAGUUCAGUCAGAUGAUUGGUAGGGGAGUACAACCGAACACAGUUGUUUACCACUCCCUAGUUCAGGGCUUAUGCACACAUGGUGUUUUGGUAAAAGCAAAGGAGUUGGUUAAUGAAAUGAUGAAUAAAGGUAUGCUUCGUCCAAACAUUGCAUUCUUCAAUUCAAUAAUGGACAACCUAUGCAAUGAAGGAAGGGUUGUGGAUGCACACCAUAUCUUUGACUUGGUUACAGACAUAGGUGAGAAACCUGAUGUCAUUACAUUUAGUACGCUAAUUGACGGAUAUUGCUUAGUCGGUGAGAUGGAGAAAGCAUGCGGAGUACUUGAUGCCAUGGUAUCAGCUGGCAUUGAGCCCGAUGUCAUUACGUAUAACACACUUGUCAGUGGAUACUGUAAAAGUGGAAGGAUUGAUGAUGGGUUGAAUCUGUUCAGAGAAAUGUCCCAUAUGGAAGUUAAACCUACAACUGUUACAUAUAACAUCAUACUGGAUGGAUUAUUUCAUGCUGGGAGAACAGUUGCUGCAAAGAAAAUGCUCCAUGAGAUGAUCGGAAGUGGAACACCUGUGAGCAUGCAUACAUACGACAUAUUUAUUAGAGGACUUUGUAGAAAUGAUUGCACCAAUGAAGCAAUCGCCCUUUUCCAAAAAUUAGGUGCACUGAAUGUGAAGUUCGAUAUUGCAAUACUCAAUUCCAUGAUUAAUGCAAUGUACAAGGUUCAGAGAAGAGAAGAAGCUAACAAGUUGUUUGCUGCUAUAUCAACCACUGGGUUGGUACCUAAUGCUUCCACGUAUGGAAUCAUGAUAAGAAAUCUUCUAAAAGAGGGAUCAGUGGAAGAAGCUGAAGAUAUGUUUUCAUCAAUGGAGAAGAGUGAUUGUGCUCUCAGCUCUCGUCUUAUAAAUGAUAUCAUUAGAAUGUUAUUGGAAAAGGGGGAGAUAGUCAAGGCCGGAGAAUACAUGUCUAAAGUUGAUGGGAAGAGCAUCUCGCUUGAAGCUUCAACUAGUUCGUUGUUGUUGUCUCUCUUUUCAGGGAAAGGGAAAUAUCGGGAACAAAUACAAUUGCUCCCUGCAAAGUACCAAUUUUUUGAUGGAACCAUUUGAUGCACUGGACUUGGCAGAUAAGCCUUGUCAUGUUUCGGAGUUCCCUCUCAACGAUGUGGAUAAGUGUCUCUUCCAUGCGCUCAUGAAGAUUGAGCUGGGUGAUGGUGCCACUAUGGUGUUCUGGGCCGGUGCUUAGCUGCCAGGCGUGCAUCCUAUGGGCAUUGUUCCUAUUCUGCAAGCCGUCUCUAUGCAAGGGCUGUCUAGUGCGUGAUGCGUUUGCUAAUGGUGAAAAUUUACUAAUAUUCAGGAGCAAUUCACGGUGGAUGCUAACACUGAGUUUAUCGAGCUCUUGCUCCUGUAUCAGGCUAUUUCGAGUUCUCUCAACCUGAGCAUAUCUAGUGCAUUUUGGGCUGAGGGCAAUUAUAAUGAAAUCGAUGGACUAUUUUACGUUAUCAAGCUAUUUGGUUUUCUCUGAACCUCCAGCACCAACUACUUGCAAUGAUGGAGAGAUUUUAAUGAUUAUACUACCUGAACCAAAACUCGAGCUAUUGAAACGUGUGUAUAUGAACUCUGAACCUUCAUUCAAUCUCCUGUACAUCCUCCAGUUUAUGAUGAAUGAAAAAUUGCUGUAAGAGAAGACAAGAAUGAGCAAGGUAUAAUGGUCUUUUUUUAUUUGCAUUUUUGUAUACAGCUUUAGUUGUAGCACUACCAUGAAAAUUAAUGACGUUCCUUCAAAUUCAGCUUUAGUUGUAGCACUACCGUUUUUUAUGGUUUGAAUAUUUUUAUGGCUGGACUCUUUUAUAAAGCCUGUGUACAGUCCUCUUUCCUUCAAAUUCCUAUGCUUUUUUUUGUA